GUGUAGCGGUGAAUGGGUACAGCUCAAUUUACCUCGGACUGUAUCUCACACUGACAUGCACUGUCAACGUUAGCUGCGGUGUUUACGUUCACGCGGACCAGGCAGUGUAGAAAUAGUAGUCGUGUGUUCCGUCACUGUAGUUUAAAAAGGUAGGAGAAGUGGUAAGUGACUGCUUCUCUUCCGUUUAAAAGGGGGCAGGAGCUACGUGCUAAGCUAAAGCUAGCAAGGUGUAUGAUUACAGGAAGUGUCCACCUGCGCUACCUUCACCUGGCUCUGUCAGCAUAGCCUGCGAGCUAACAGGCCGUAUAUCAGCAUAAGAUGCGUUUCAUGCUGCUGUUCAGCCGGCAGGGGAAGCUGCGGCUGCAGAAGUGGUACACAGCCACAGCGGAACGCGACAAGAAGAAGAUGGUCAGGGAGCUCAUGCAGAUAGUGCUCGCCCGCAAACCAAAAAUGUGCAGCUUUCUAGAAUGGAGGGACCUCAAGAUUGUCUAUAAAAGGUACGCUAGCCUGUAUUUCUGUUGUGCAAUUGAAGAGCAGGACAAUGAGCUGAUCACACUGGAAGUCAUCCACCGCUUCGUAGAGCUUCUGGAUAAAUACUUUGGCAGCGUAUGUGAGCUGGACAUCAUCUUUAACUUUGAGAAGGCAUACUUCAUUCUAGAUGAGUUCCUGAUGGGAGGAGAGAUCCAGGAUACCUCUAAGAAGAGCGUCCUCAAAGCUAUCGAACAAGCAGACCUGCUGCAGGAGGAGGACGAGUCGCCCAGGAGUGUGUUGGAGGAGAUGGGCUUGGCGUAGGACACACUGAGUUGUGAAAGACUGCAGAUACAAAGGCUGAGGGCUGAAUGAGAGGUGGGGGGGUGCACAAUCUUGGAUGGAACAGGCUUGGACUGAUGGUGUUUGGUUCUCUGGUUCUGGGGGCCGACGUGCAGUGUUUGACUGGGGAAGAGACUCGGUUAGGAACGGAAGAUCGUUGCGCUGACAGGCCUUUCAGCUCUGUGUGUGUGUGUGUGUGUGUGUGUGUGUGUGUCUGUCUGUGUCUGAGCGUGUGUGUGUCUGAGCGUGUGUGUGUCUGAGCGUGCGGUUGAGGACAUGGGAUUUAAACUUGUGGAGGGGGUUGUGUAUGUUCAGAUUUUAAAGGGCUGAGAUUGAGUCCAGUUUAGUUUAUCAGAGUUGAAAUAAGAAUCUGCAAUCAAUCCUGACGUUGAAUCACAGCGAGGCAGCUCGAAGGAAACAUAAGUAAACAGUCAGGUACUGAAUGUGGUACAGGCCGGGAUUGGCCAAAACACAAUAAGUGAGCGUCACUUCAGUGAUAAGUCUGAUGGUGUUUUUAUAUAUUUGUAUUUUCAACUAUUCAUGAAAAGACAAAACAAAAAAAAUGUGUUACUCCAUCUCACAAUACUUUCUGAUUUAUAGAUGCUGUCUGGGACACUCGACUUAAAACCCUACUAAAGACAUUCAAUUUUAAGAAAGCUUACAGAUAUAUAGUUUCAUAAAUUAUAAAAAUGAUGGCUACUGCAGUUUUUAGCUGCCACUCAAACAGGAGAUUUACUUAAUUUAUUUAAUGCAGCCACGUGAAAAGAAACAUAUUUUACAGUACAGUAAAAUAUCCCAAACUCUUUAUAUACCCAUUUUCAUAAACAGUAUAUAUAACGAAAAGUAUGUCCUCUCUCAGUAACUUACAUAAUAUUUAUCAGGAGGAAAUGGUGCCUUCAUUGGGGACUAUUUUCAGCAGCGGAUUCAUCCUCAUUCUCAGCUCUAGUGUUCAUUCAAAAUGACCCCACUUCUGUUUUUAAUAGUUUGGAUACAACAAUGCAGCUCUAUGGUGCAAAGGGAGUAAUAUAUAUCUCUAGAUGCUCACAAAUGACUUGUUAGUAAGAUAUAUUUAUUGGUGAUUUAGGUACGCACAUCAGAUUUGACUAUCAAAUAAAUAUGAAAUUCCACCAGACCUUUUUAAAGUAAAAUUCUGUGUUUAUACAAUCCUGUUUGUCAUUUUUCCUAUUGGUAUGGAAAUAUAAUAAGGAAAUAACACACAAGGAUGUCUGUCCCCCCACUGAUCUAUUUUUAGGACACAGGAGAGCCAUUCUCACACCUCCAGUCAUGACAGCAAAGAUGGUUCAAACAGUUCUUCUCUUUCAGGCUGUGUGUAGUUCAGGUUUGUGUAAAGGGUCACAGAGUCCAUCAUUCCCACAAGCCACGUCAUCAUAGCCAAGAGGACUGCAGAUGGCAGAGUUGGUAAGAAAACAGAAAUGUUUUCUGUCUCCGCUCUGUAAAUAUCACAGUUAUUUCAACUACUCUUAAAAAUGUUCCAGUAGAAAUGUUUCAUGAAGGCAGGUUUGCAGCGUUUAGAAUUCAUUCCAAUCAUCUUACCCAACACAACAGGCCCGGGGUGACAAACUGCAUUGUGGGUGGUUAAUAAUGAACCAAAGACAUUUGAGAUUUUCAUCACAGCCUGAAAUAAGUUGUUUAUCAGCCAUGCAUACAGUAUGUACUGUGAGUGGACUGAGGCACCAGACGAGAUGGAAAUGUCAAGUCUGUCUUAUGCAAUUUAACAAAGUGCAGUGGAGAAUCACAUCCCACUGAGAUGAAGAGGAGAAGCUCAGCAUUGAAUUAGAAUCAUUGUUCUGCUGGUACUAAAUGCUGGUCCCAAGGCAUUGGAAUAAAUCACAUUUUAGAGCAGUAUAUCAGUAAGUUCAUGCUGUUACAAUGUUUUAUCGCUUUGAAUGUGUUGUUGUUACUGAUGUGAUCAGUUUGAGGCUUUUUAAGAUGAGUAACCGCUGCUAGACUCGUAGAAGUCAGAAAGAGAAAAAGAGCUGGAUCUAAUAAAUGCUCUUUCUGUAACUUCUCAUUUAAUUUAAGCAAAGGGUAUUUCUUAAACAAUAGAGUGCCUGAAACCUGUUUUGAAUUCUUGACUUAGUGGUGUCACAGUUCACCGUAUACCUCAGGAUUUAGGUCAGGGCCCUUUUCGAUCCCCAGUUUAAAAUAAAACAUGUUGAUUAAUUAACUGUUAAAGAGGAAAGAUGUUUAUUUUUACAAUUUCAUCUUACCUUGACAUGACUUACAGAGUAAAGAUUGGCUCCAUUGCAGACAAAUGAUUUAGUGUCAUUGCACAAAUGCAAAAAUGUAUUAAGUUUAUGCUGACAUGAAAACUUGAUCCAAAUAAUGUAAGCUCUAAUCCUAGACUAUUACUAAUAUACCCAAUUUAUCUGAGAUGAAAGAAUGUCAAUUAAAGAUUCACUUUUUAAUUAAGGAUAUAAAAUCCAUACGAGUUAGUAGAGAAAAUAAUCUGUUGCCGGCGAUUUGAAUAUGCAAGACACAAUAUUAUGAUGCUUGAUCUGAAACAUGCAAUAAUAAUACAUUGUGUGUAUUAAGCGCUUGAUCAGGUGCUUAAAGACGGGUGAAAACACAAGAUAAAAAGUCAAAUUAAAAUCAAAAAAUAAGAGCACAUUUAUCACAAUGGCACAGCAUCAAUCACACAUUAAAAGCCAGUCUGAAAAGGUGUGUUUUGGUCAAUGCAAUCAGAGCUCUACUCCCCCAAAUAACACAGAAGCAGUGUAUGUGUGAACUGUUACACCACUCAUUUUUAGUGAGUGUGCUGGUGUGAUGCCUGACAUGUUUAAUCCAUACCACGAUCAGAGUUGAUUCACGAGUGAUUGAUAGCUUUCCAUUUUGACUCAAACUUUAGCUUUUUUUAAAUGAGUGUAUCUGAAAUAAGUCUUUACUUAGUGACCAUGCAGUAGGAUUUCUCUUUCAAUAGACCUGUUUGACGUCAUUAUUUAUACUGUACGAUGUAAAGUAUCUGUGCUUUCAGAAAAAAAAAAUUCCUAUAAAAUAGAGCCGGAUGAUAGGCUACCUUUUAGAAACGUGUGAUGAAUCAUUAGAUAUUUUUGGAAAAUAAUUUAUAAGCUGUAUCACAAUAUUAAAUCCUGAUUUCAGUGGUUGCCGCUUGCUAACGUUUUGUUACAUUUUUCAGUCCUAUGUAAUCCUACAGAGGGGAAUACUCUUGUAUUGCCUCAAAAUAUAUGCAUGUUUUCAUUAUACAGGGAUUCAUUUAUAUAACGUCCUCUCAGGAGUUCUGGACCUCUAAUAGGAGAAUUUGUUUUCUUAGUUUAGUGCUCUUUUGUGAACUCAUUCAACCUGAUGAUCUGUUUAUUUGUACAGAAAGAAGAAGUAAAUAUUGGACUGCAACGCAUUGUUCUUUAAGGAGAAUGAUGUCCUCACAUGAUGUGUAUACCUCCUUUAAACUAAGAAAGGGUGGAGGUCAGACUGCAGCACUGUUGUCUGUACACAGCAAGGACUAAUCCUCUGUUUUCCUCUGCUGAACUCUGAAUGUUAGUGUGUUUUUAAGAGUAAGGGCUCACUGUGUGAUCUGAUUGUUUUCUGUUGGCAUGUAGUGGAACUAAUGCAUCAAAAGGGCACAUGGAGAAGAGGUGUAACAUACUGAGACAUCUGCAGGACAGAGGUUGUUGCAAAUGUACAGCAUGGUAGCAGAAUAACGGACUUAUUUUAAAGGGGACAUAUAAUAAUACUUUUACAUGGUUAUUAUGUAUUUGGGUCUCUAUAAGAACAUGUUUACAUGCUUUAAUGUGAAACAGAAACGUUAUUUUUCUCAUACUCUUUGUCUGAAUGUACUUGUAUUCACCAUCUGUCUUAAAACGCUCUGUCUCAGCGCCUGUCUCUUUAAGACCCCUUCCUGAAAGUCAGCUCUGAUUGGCUUAGGAGAAAAGUUAAAUCCCUUGUUUCCUCACCAUCAUUUCUCAUAAUAUGCCACCUUUUAACUCUUGCCUUGUGAUGUCUUUUAAGUAUAAGAAUUGAAUUAUGGCCCUAAAGUUUUUAGCAUUAGCACUAUUUGUUGUCCGACUACGUCUUACAGCCGGUUGCUAGCUCUACUGAAUGUCCACACUGCGGCUGCUGUCAUGGCUGCAUCACACUGCCUGCCUCUAGUUUCUCUUCAGUGUCUUCUUAGUCAUGAUGCAAUAACAGCUGGUAAUGGUGAAGCACUCUGUACACAAGUAAUGUUCAAACGUACCUCCUCAUCUCCAAACGUGGCUACUUGUGGCAUGAAGUGGCAGUGCUUUGUUAGCCUGGUUCUUUCCCUCCAAUUUUUCAAAAGUGUGUCUCAAUAAUGUUUACCAUCUCCAUUGUGUGAUAUUCUACUUCGUUACCCAGUUGGAACUUUGUCUUUAUCAUAUGCAAUGACUAAAAUCGAUUUGGUGAUUUUCUUGUUCAUUAAUGUGAAAGACAAUUAAGGUUUUGAUUUGAAAUCUCUCUGUUAAAGUUUCUGGUUCCUUGGAGGGGGAGAGGAGACAGUGUGUGGUUUAAAGAGCUGUCAGCAGAAACUCACCAAUCUGUAAUGCAGGCAAAGGCUUAAGGGACUCAGUGUGUGAAUGUAAUUUUAUAAACAAAUAAACAAUUUUAAGCUUAAGCAAA